AUGAGACAUUAUGAUGGACGUGGUCAUUACUGCAUUUGGGAUAUUUGUAACAAGGUCUUCAGUCGCAAAGCAGACCUGCGCAGGCACUACCGCAUACACACCAAUGAGCGGCCGUAUCAUUGCACUAGAAGUGCGUUGACGGUGCAUUCGCGAACUCACACGGGAGAGAAACCUCACGUUUGUGAGGACAGAGGAUGCCACAAAGCUUUCGCUGAUUCGUCAAGUCUUGCACGCCAUCGGAGGAUACAUACAGGACAGCGGCCCUAUAUUUGCCGGGUGUCAACUUGCAAGCGAACGUUCCGCCGCAAGGAGGAUUUGACCAAGCAUCAACUUCGGUCCCAUCCCCCGAAAACCGUAAAUCCGCCGUCCUCAAUAAAUACGGUAUCUAGACAUCCUUAUCCAUGGCAGGUCGCCAUUCCCGCAUUGAAUGAACGUCAUCUUUCAACUCGGCAAGAAACAUACCCUCAUACGCAGUCACCGACUUCUGCAUUCGAUGCCCACCAAACAGUAUACGUAACACCAGCUCCCCCUACAAUGGUCGCAUCGAUGGUCGACAUACAGCGUGCUCAGCAAUACUGCGUACAACUAGUACAGCAAAGAUGGCAAUAUGAUCAUGUCUACCAGGAAUAUCUAUCAGUGGGGUUUCAGCAACCCUAUCAUAGCCACCCAAUGGCAACAUGCCCUUCGCGUAUGAUCACUAAUAAUGUGGCUACAAGCCGCCAGCCUAUAUUCUAAGCCAGCAUUAAUGGAC